CUAAAUCUCAUACCAUCAGUAGGCUCUGGCAGUAGUCCAACCUAGCAGCUAGACACGCAAGAAUGCCCCCGGUGUCUAACUAAUCAAUUCGAUGGUGGGGUUUUUGACUCAAAGCUUCGCGCGUUGGGAUUUUGCCCCGCGAUGACUCGUAUCUGAAUUUAUCCCAUCGAAAUAGUUGUGAUUGCCAUGUUCAUCCUUUCAUCUAUACACCCUUCCUUGAUAUUUCCUACGGCUUUGGUCUCGAUAUCCUAGGGCCUACUGUCUGUAAAUACCUGACGGAGUCUUCUCUCGUUCCGCUCCGCCCGAACACAAGAAUACCGCUGGGUAUCAAAGGUCUGGCCAAAUGCCUACCGUCACUAAUACAAAGCCUGCGGCUGGCGCAUCAAAGGGUCCUGCGCCGGAAUUGCGCUUUCCUCCUAUAACCAGAGAUCACAUUCUUCAUUGCUCAUAUGACUACUGGUUUCCCAAGUACCGAGCAUCAUGCAUCAAGUCCAGGAUCAUUCCACUUACACCCGACUUCGUGGAGUACAUCCGGGAAGACGGCAUCACCCUGGCCGACGAAGACGAUGAGGAGGAGGAGGAUGAUGAUGAUGUAGAAUGGGAAGGCCCAACCACGGUUUCGCGAGUUGAGCCCGAGGAACUGGACUCGGACUCGGAAAGUGAGGACGAAGCCCCUGCAGCUUUGCCGCCCAACAAGAGGUUUCCUGAACUGCACCAGGCCAUCAAGGACAAGAUUGCUGAGCUGGGUGGUGAAGUUGCCCCAAAGCUCAACUGGACAUCGCCAAAAGACGCUGCAUGGAUAUCGCCUCAUCAAAACACUGUCAAGUGCACCACGCCGAAUGAUAUCUACCUGCUCCUCAAGAGCUCCAACUUUAUCACUUAUGAUAUGGAGCACGCCUUCGAGGACUGUACUCCUAUACCUGGAGCUGCGGAACAGGCACCAUUCAAGCCGGUAUUAGUGCUUCGAUCUUUCUUCAACCCCCACACAGCACUGGAAUUCAGGUGUUUCGUGAAGCAUAGAAAUUUGAUCGGCAUGUGUCAACGCGACUUGAAGCAUUACGACUUCCUCAUGGAUUUGCGUCCUGCCAUUGUGGCUAAAAUCAGCCAAUUCUUCAACAACAAAAUUCGCUACACAUUUCCGGACGGCAAUUUCGCCUUUGACGUCUACAUUCCUGAAGGCGAAGACGAGCCAUUAGGCCGGGUACGGCUCAUCGAUGUAAACGCCUGGGCACCUCACACAGACAGCCUGCUCUUCGGUUGGGAUGAGCUGAACGACUGGCAAGUUCCCGGCCCAGUCAUCGGAGUUGCAGGAGAAGGGGACGAUGGUGUUCUACAAACAGAAUCGGAAACGACCGAAGACGAAGAUGACGACGAUGAAGAUAUCGUACCGGAGCUUAGGCUGGUUGAGAAAGAACACGCAGGUGCUUAUAACAUGAGUUCCCCGGCCUAUUCGGCUCACAAACUACCCAAAGAUGUCGUAGAUGCGAGCCAGGCCGGCGAGGGUGGCAUGCGAGAGUUUGCGCAGAAGUGGAAAGAAAUGAUUGAGUAUAGAGACCACCUCGCGCAGUGGGAGAAAGAUUAAGCAGCAACAAGAUGGCAAUUAAUCCCACGACCAACCACGCGUUCCAAACCUCGAGGCUUCCCCAGUGAACGUUCAUGUCAGCCUUACUGACACCGGCGUGCAUGUCACUACAGGUGAACUGCUCCAAUCGGCGG